GCCAUGUUGAAUCGCCGAGAUUGUGAAAGAAGAGACAAAAGAGUGAUAACUCGGUGUGUUUUUUUUCCUUCCCUUCCUUCUUCUCUCGAAACAAGCGACUAUUUAAUUGUCAAGGAAACUCUCUGGUAUAACAUUUAAGCGACGACACAACGAGGAGACUUUGGGUGGAUGUGGCAAAGUGAAGGUAACCUGGAUUUUUCUGUUGAUCGGCAAUUGCCAGAGCACUUUGCAGACUGCCAUCUCAACUUUUGCUGCAGGAGUGUAAAGGAAACUGGAAAAAGAUUACCCACAGAGACAUUUAAAGUGGACUGUCCAUGUCAAAGAAAAGAUUGCUGGAGUGACUUUUUUUGAGCCAGUAUUAAGCCCCCCCAGCAAAGACAUUGUGAAGACUUUUGAUGUCCAAGGAACAAAUCAGAAGAAUAGUCUGAGACGUGACCAAGCAGAUCGUAUUUUGCUACUCGCCAUUUUUGAAUGUAUGAACAUAGCACUUGGACUUAAAAAAAAAGCCAAGAGACCCGAAGAACGCGGCGAAAAUUCUGGAUCAUCAUCACAGCAACAAUACAAUAAUAAGAAUACUCUGACAAACUUACAAAGAAAAAAAAAAAAGAUUUUUUUUGGUGGUCACAUUUUUGAUUUAUUUAUUCAUGUGAAUGUUAAUUUCUCCCUUUUUUGGAGAGUUGUCUUGUAAAUAGACAGAAUUCAUACGCAGACCUCUUCUUUUCAAGAGGUCUGAACGUCUGAACACAAAACAUUCUUUAGAGAGGAAAGAUACGAGAACUUUUUUUUUUAGGUUGUUGGGAUUUUGUUUUUGUUUUUUUACACGGGUGCAAUUAAGUGAAACACAUCAGUGAAAAGAUAUAACACUCUGAGGAACAUUACCAUGGCUACAGCAAGAACAGCAAACCCAGCAUCAAUGAUUGGAUUGAACAAACCAGCAAAUGGGCAGUUCAGAGGACAGACUAAGCCAGCUGGACAACAAUCAGGACUCUUUGGAACUGCCCAGCAACUCGGUCCCACCCAGAAAAUGAGCAGCAUUCCCCAGAGCAGUGGGGGCAUCAAGUUUGGUGAUGACUGGAAGAAGUGCCUGGAACUUCCUCCAAAAGAUACCAGGAUGAAAACUUCGGAUGUGACAUCAACUAAGGGAAAUGAAUUUGAAGACUACUGCCUAAAGCGGGAACUUCUAAUGGGAAUCUUUGAAAUGGGAUGGGAGAAACCGUCCCCUAUCCAGGAGGAAAGCAUCCCUAUCGCUCUGUCAGGCAGAGAUAUUCUGGCUCGGGCCAAGAAUGGCACAGGAAAAAGUGGAGCCUACCUCAUCCCACUCCUGGAAAGAAUAGACCUGAAGAAGGAUAACAUCCAGGCCAUAGUGAUGGUGCCAACAAGAGAGUUGGCCCUACAGGUGAGCCAGAUCAGCAUUCAGAUCGGCAAGCACCUCGGAGGGGUCAAGGUCAUGGCGACGACGGGUGGCACCAACUUGAGGGAUGAUAUCAUGCGUCUUGAUGAGAUAGUGCAUGUAGUGAUUGCAACUCCAGGCAGGAUACUAGACCUGAUGAAGAAGGGUGUGGCAAAAGUGGAUAAGGUCCAAAUGAUGGUGAUGGAUGAGGCAGAUAAGUUGCUGUCCCAAGACUUUGUGGUGCUGAUUGAAGAUAUUAUCGCCUUCUUGCCAAGAGAACGACAGAUCCUGCUUUACUCUGCUACUUUCCCCAUCAGUGUCCAAAAAUUCAUGAGCAAACAUCUGAAGAAACCUUAUGAGAUCAACCUGAUGGAGGAACUGACGUUAAAGGGCAUCACUCAGUACUAUGCCUAUGUGACUGAAAGACAGAAGGUCCACUGUCUCAACACACUGUUUUCUAGGCUUCAGAUCAAUCAGUCGAUCAUCUUCUGUAACUCCACCCAGAGGGUUGAGCUUCUGGCCAAGAAAAUCACCCAACUGGGCUAUUCGUGCUUCUACAUUCAUGCAAAGAUGAUGCAGGAGUACAGGAACCGUGUGUUCCAUGACUUCAGGAAUGGAUUGUGCAGAAACCUGGUCUGCACAGACUUAUUCACUCGGGGAAUCGACAUCCAGGCAGUAAAUGUGGUCAUCAAUUUUGACUUCCCCAAAAGUGCAGAGACGUACCUGCAUCGCAUUGGCAGAUCGGGGCGUUUUGGUCACCUGGGUCUGGCCAUCAAUCUGAUAACUUCAGAUGACCGCUACAACCUGAAGAACAUUGAGGAUCAGCUGGUUACUGAAAUCAAGCCCAUCCCCGGCAGCAUCGAUAAGAGCCUAUACGUGGCAGAGUUUCACUCUGUUGACCCAGAUGAGGAUGGCAUCGAAGGCGGAGCCAAAAACAAGGAACUGUGAGCAGCCUGAAUGGAGAAACGUGGUGUCUGGCAUUCAUCACACGAUAUCGGUGAUGCUUCUUAAAACAAGAUUCCAAGAAGAUUUCUGUUCCCCCCAAUUUGCCACCAAAAUGGUCAAUUUUAGAUUUAUUUUCAUUUCCAGUUUAAGUUUACAGCAAUUUGUCUGUCUGUUCUGUCUGUGCACAUGCUAGUAAACUGGUAUCUUUCCCACUGAAAACUGCCACCUGAAUCAGUUUAACUUUCAGUCAUGCUACCAGUGAUGGUCUCUGUACAUGUGAUUUGGGCUAAUGGUUAAGUCUGUCAUUGAACUUAGUCACUCUUGACAAUAGAUGAAAACUUUUUUUUUUAUACUUUGCUGUAAGAAUAAAAAUGUGAAACCAAAGGUAGACUUAGAGGGAAAAAGCCCACCUCACAUCUUUGCUGUGCAGAUGAACUAUACAUGGUCACAUCCUGCUGAUAUGUCUUUUAAGCAGAUGCUUUAAAGGAAACAAAUUUACACUCAGUGGCUCCUUUUUUAGGUACACCUUUUUAGUACUGGAUCGUACCAGCCUGAAUUCUUCAUGUGGUGUUCAGCCUUGUUUCAAACGUGCACUGUGGCCUUCAAAUCUGAUGACUGUCAGGCAAAUAGGAAAAUGGUACUCAAGAAGGCACUGGCAUUUAAAUAAUCCUCAGUUAAUAUUAAAGGUCCAAAGUGUGUUCUGACCGACCAUCUGUAAUAAUCAAGAUUUGCAAGACCGCGUGACAUUUUUUCCAGUCAUCUGUUGUGCAUUUUUGGUUAACCUCAGUUUUCUUUGUCUGUGUACCUCUGUGACACACAUUGCUUCCCCAUUCUGAUGUUCGGUCCAAACAGCUAACUAAUUUGACCAUGUCUGCAUGCCUUCAUGCACUGUAUGGCUGAUUUAUUAUUUGCAUUUCUAUAUUUUUUAGGUGUAUCUAAUAAUGUAGCCACUGGGUGGAGUUAUUUUUGUAGCUCUGGCUAUCAUUCCUGUGGGUCAUGAAAAUAUUCUGCUCAGUAACUUUAUUGCAAACAUUUGGGCAUGCAGUGACUGAAACAAUACACACGUCCAUAUUUUAACCGAACUAACAUCCUCCAAAGGGGAACCAAAGUUAGAAAACAGAAACUAUAAGUCACUGUCAGUGACAAUAUAUAGUGCAUUUUGUCAAAGCACAAAUCUAAGGACAAAUAACUUGGUAUUUGAUUGUGAAAUUUCUUUGUUCCCUUUUUUUUAAAACCUUAACACCAGGCAGCAUUUUCUCAGGUCUUGAAGUUACCCGUAAAUAUUACAGGAUGAGAGGCCUUAGUUGACAUGUUAAAACUGGCCAACUUGUUCAGCCAUCUUAAUGUAGUUUCUGUGUCCCUUCUUCCCUCCAAAGUGCCUUAGUCUAACCUCCAACCUCUACCGUACUCAGGACAUUGUCCCAACUUUGUAUUGUAGAUAAAAUGGCACCCAAACAAUUCUUACUUAAUUUUAAAAGCACAAGUACAGUCUGAAAAGGAUUUGCGGAUUUUUUUUCCUCAUGUGUAGCAAGUUAAUUUGUCUUCUAACAAAUUGUGCAUAUGACCAGCUUGUACUGCUCUUCUUGUAUGAACGUAUUACUGCUGGACUACUUGAAUUCAGCACAAUGUCACAAAAGAUGUACGUCUUGAAUUUAAAACAUUGUUUCUUUGGCUAACCAUCGUGUUACUGCCAUGUACCAGCAUGUUGUGGGAAUGUUGUGUGUGUUUUGUGUGUGUGCGCCCGCUUUCUAAAGAGUCAUUAGCCUUAACUCAUUUCAUGUCUGACUCAGGACUUCCCCUUUUUUGAUUAGAAAUGUUGGUUCCCCAAUUGUUUUUGCCUUUCGUGCAAGCAUCAUUCAAAUUAUGACGUGAUAGGAGUGGGUUUGUAACCUGUGACCAUUUUGUCCCAUCACUGCAUUCUGGAGAAAGAACGACCUUUAUGACUUGAUGACCAGUUUCUUUCAGUAGAAAGACAGACGGGCAGGAAUUCUGUUACGUGUAUCAAUGCCAGCACCUCGAAAUAAAGUCCAAAUGACUAA